UGUUGGGUAGAAUCGAUUAUUUAUCUAUAUAUUUAGCUAGACGUCUAUUUAAUUGAAUAUUUAUUUGGUAGAUUGGCUACUGGGUAAAUGAACAGGAUUUCAUUAGCAUUCAAAAGAAUGGUUUCAAAAGCUGGAGAGAAAUUGAGCAAAGAUAGAGUUGUUAUAAUUGAAGAUGAGAAGUUGGGUAUUAAUACGAGCUAUAGGAUUGGGAAAGAACUAAGAAAAGUCGACCCAUACUAUUAUACGUAUAAUACGUAUUGCAAGUUACGAUGGAGAGGGAAGAAUGUUGUUGACGUAUUUCAAAGAGAAUUUCGAGACAAGAGUGGAGAGCAUUAUCGGAGGAAGAUCGAAGAGGGAAAGGUUACAAUCAAUAAGCAAGUAGCGAAAUUGGAUACGAUUUUGAAAGAUGGAGAUUUGAUUACACAUAAGAUCCAUCGACAUGAGCCAGCGGUUUCAGCAAAGGAAAUUCAGAUUAUAUAUGAGAAUAAGGAUAUGGUUGUUAUUAAUAAACCCGCGGGCAUACCAGUUCAUCCAGUUGGUAGGUAUCGAUACAAUUCAAUAUCUGAGAUAUUUCAGUUUGAAAAGAAAAUGAAUAUAUUGGUUUCGCAUAGAUUGGACCGAUUGACAUCGGGGAUAAUGCUCUUGAGCAAGAAUGGGGAAUAUUCAGAGCAGUUGAGAAAUAAGUUUAUUAACCGAGAUUUGGUGAAGGAAUACAUUGCUAAAGUGAAGGGGAAUUUCAAAAAGAUGGACGAAAAUGGGAAGGAGAUUAACGAGGUGUUGAUUGACAAACCGUUGUAUAAAUACGAUGCAAGGUUGACAUUGAACAAAGUGGAUGAAGAAAAGGGAAAGACAGCAAAGACAUAUAUUCGAAAGGUUUCGUACGAUAAAGAGAGCGAUACUAGUAUUGUGAUUUGCAGGCCAUUGACAGGAAGAACCCACCAAAUUCGGGUUCAUUUACAGUAUUUGGGGUUUCCAAUUGCCAAUGAUCCUAUUUACUCAAAUGUUAAAGUCUGGGGAGAGGCGUUGGGAAAGGAAAACAAGAUUGACUACAGAUUGGUGCAAAAGAGAUUGGACAAGUUUGGGAAAAGCGAGCCAGAGAACAGUUGGUAUUACCAAAGAGAGAUUGAAGAUGGGAAAUGCAACAAAAAUGGAGAGGUGUUGAAUGGAAAGCACUGCAAAGAGUGUGAAGACGAGUUAUAUUCUGAUCCAGAUGUGAGAAACUUGGAGAUUUGGUUGCAUUCGUUCAGAUACAAAACGAAGGACUCCACGGAGGGCGAACAGUGGGAGUUCCAGACGGAAAUACCGGAGUGGGCGAUGGAAAAGCACCGGAAGCAUAUGGAGACGGCAAUGGAGGAGGCCCGGAAGUGCGAAUACACGGACCGGGCCUUUUCGGUGGGAGCGGUGCUUGUGUUGGACGACGAGGUUCUUGCGACGGGAUACUCACGAGAGUUACCAGGAAACACACACGCCGAGGAGUGCGCCAUCAAAAAGUACUUUGCGCAGGUGAGCUCUGAGCAGGACGAGCAAAAGCUUCCCGUCGGGACUGUGCUCUACACCACGAUGGAGCCCUGUUCGCACCGACUCAGCGGGAAAACGCCUUGUGUCGAGCGAAUUCUCCGCUACGGCAUCCGCACGUGCUUUGUCGGUGUUCUCGAGCCGGACACUUUCGUCGCAAACAACACUGGCCGGAAAACGCUUGCGGCCAACGGCGUGCUCUACGCACAAGUUCCGGACGUCGAGGCCCGGUGUUUGGCGUUGGCCACGGGCCGUAACCCGGAUGCGGAUGCGGAUGCGGACCAACAGAGAAAGAAGCCCAAAUUGGCACUAUAAGAGGAUCAAAAGAUGCUGUCAAAAUAGCUGGUAUGAGUAUUUCAACAAUCGAUGGUUCUUCACUACGCAGUACCACCGCUGUGGAUGUAAAGCAGCCCCAGGCACAUGCAUGUGCAG